AUGGAGCUGCGCGAGAUGAGCCGCGCGUACGGAGAAGGAGGCACUGCGGAGGAGACCACGGAGCUCCUGCCGCAGCGCGACAGCGCGCCCGAGUACGAGAGCUACUUCGACGAGUACGCGAUGCAGAAGGAGAUGAUCAAUCGGAACCGGUGCCCCGCGAGCCGACGAUUGCUCAGCCAGGCCGCGCUCGCCAACCUGGACUUCAAUUUUUCCAAUAGCAACCACUCCAAGGAUUCACCAUGUGCCGGAAUCACCAUGAUCCACACCUCGAGCGAGAACUGGCCGCCCUCCAGGAAGCGCGAGGAGGCGACGGCUUUGGAGAACCUCAGGAAGAGAGUAGAACAGAGCAAGUUAUACAAGGCCGAACGAACUACUGAUCCCGUCGUACCCAAGUCCACGAUAAACUACGAGCUAACUCCACAACAGCUGGACAAUCAGCCGAAACUUCUGAAGAAGAUACUCACCAACCGGCCGAUGAGUAUCACGCACGAUAGCAGCGACUUGGAGACCGAUUGGCGCGACAGCGAAUUCAUCACCGAGUGCCUUUGCUGGCACAACGUUUAUCGGCAACGGCACAACGCACCCCCGUUGACCAUGUCGCCCCAGUUGUGCGAGUACGCUCAAUCGUGGGCUAAUCACCUGGCGCACACGAACACGUUCUAUUAUAGGAACGAUCGGAACGUAGGUCACAACCUUUAUUGUCGCCCCGGUAGCGGGGUACCUGGCGAUAUCACGGGACAGGAAGUCGCGUCCUACUGGUACUCCGCCGUGAGGCAGUACGACUUUCUCAAGGAACCGGACAUUCUUCACGCCAACGUGAACGCAGGUCACUUCACCCAGCUGAUUUGGGCGAGAAGCCGUUACUUCGGGGUCGGUAAGGCGUGCAGCAGAAGCGGCAAGGUGAUCGUGGUGGCGAACUACGAGCCGGUGGGCAACGUGUCCGGCCAGUUCCAGAACAACGUAUUCCCGCCGUUACCCGAGAACAUGAACGUGAUGCUGUCGCCGCCCACCGUGCGGAUGCCGCGGGCGCAGUACGAACUGCUGAAGUCGACGGCGUCGCCGCCACCGCCGCCGCCACCGUUACCGCUUCCGCUGUCGGACACCGCGUCCACCGCCAGCGACACCACGUCCGUCAGCUCCGGCCAAUAA